AUGAAAAAUAUCAUGAAAAUCCCAAGUGAGUAUGUAUUGAAAAGGUGGACACGGAAAGCAAAAGGUGGAUACUCUGGAGUUAUUGAACUUGUUGCAGACAAAGGUAGUUUGGAUCCAAAAACUUGCAACAGUAUGCGAUAUAAAGAAUUGAGUGGAUUAUAUGUUCAACUGGUUACCAAGGCAGCAGAGAGGGAAGAUACUUACAAGGUUGUUAAAGAUGGUUUGUUGAGUAUGUUUCAGAUGGUGGAUGAGAGGUUACAAGUUAAUGAACCAACUUCCCAACACUCUAUUGAAAGAGAGUUUGAAAGUGGCGAAGGAAACUCUCUUGGAGUCAAAGGAAUUAAAACAAAGAAGAAACCGGUUUCAGGUAAGAGAUUGAAAAGUGGCUUAGAUAAGAUUUCAAAGAAAAGAAAAGCGGCGAGGAAAAACAAUCAAACUUCAACAAUUCUUAAGGCUAGAGAAGAUCAUUAUGAAAGUACAAGUUGCAUGGCUAGUGUUGAAGGUUUGAGUAUGGCCGAAACUCAAUUUCAACCACUUUUGUCAACGCAACUAUCUCAGGCUUUAGUGCUGUUAACUAUACCAGAAUCUUUGUAUCUUUGA